AAAGAAUGCCUUCACUGUAAAAAAGAAGGAGAGAGAGAGAGCGAGAGAGCAGGAGUCCCACAGAGGAGAGGAAGAGAGAGAGGAGUUAAUGGAGAAAGCUACGAGCAGAUUUGAUCAGUGAGCUGAACUUGUUGGUGUCGCUCAGUGCGUUGCGCAGAGGGAGCUCUGCGCUACUUGUUGAACCGGCCUGAAAACUCUCACAUUUUUAAUUUUUUUAUGUUUGAUUAAACUUUUUUUCUAAGAGAAAAGAGCUCAGGAACUCUGCACCGAACCGGAUUCCAUUUUGGACGUGUUUGUGUGACAGCAGCGCUUCUGCAUGCGUUGGUUCGGCUGGGGUGAUCGGAAGCGGCCGCGGAACCUGUUGGAUUUAAACGCAAACGGAUUUUGGGACUGAUUAUUUCUUUGCUCCAGCUUUUUUUCCACAUGAACUUUUACUGAAGAACAGAAAUAAAUAGAUCAGGUUCAAAGAAAUAAGAGCAAGCGAUGGAAGUAGGCGCGGACCAGCCUCGAUGGAUGAGCCAUCAUCCCGCGGUGCUGAACGAGCAGCAUCCCGGCUCGCAUCACCCGGGCCUCAGCCACUCCUACAUGGACCCUUCGCAGUAUCCCCUCGCUGAAGAUGUGGAUGUACUCUUUAAUAUCGAUGGACAGGGGAACCACGUCUCUUCAUACUAUGGGAACUCAGUCCGAGCCGUCCAGAGGUACCCUCCUCCUCCACCCGGUAGCCAAGUGUGCCGUCCCUCAUUACUGCACAGCUCUCUGCCCUGGCUGGAGGGCAGCAAAGGAAUCCCCACGCACCACAGCAGCUCCCCCUGGAACCUGAGCCCCUUCCCCAAGAACCCCCUGCACCACGGCUCCCCGGCCAGCCUGUCCGUCUAUCCCCCGGCCUCCUCCACCUCCCUGUCCACCGGCCACUCCAGUCCUCAUCUCUUUACCUUCCCCCCGACCCCUCCAAAAGACGUGUCCCCGGACCCGGGCAUAUCCACCCCGGGCUCAAGCAGCUCCGGGCGCCAGGAGGACAAAGAGUGCUUAAAGUACCAGGUGACCCUGGCCGAGAGCAUGAAACUGGAAUCAGCUCACAGCCGGAGCGUGGCGUCAAUCGGAGCAGGGUCAAGCUCUGCCCACCACCCCAUCGCCACAUACCCACCCUAUGAAUACGGCCCAGGCCUCUUCCCACCAAGUAGCCUGAUAGGUGGGUCAUCUUCUAGUUAUGGUUCCAAAACGAGACCAAAAACAAGGUCCUGUUCAGAAGGCAGAGAGUGCGUGAACUGCGGGGCCACGUCCACUCCGCUGUGGAGGCGGGACGGUACGGGCCACUAUCUGUGCAACGCCUGCGGCCUCUACCACAAGAUGAACGGGCAGAAUCGCCCUCUCAUCAAGCCAAAGCGGCGGCUGUCUGCAGCCAGGCGGGCAGGGACGUCCUGUGCAAACUGCCAGACAACGACGACAACGCUGUGGCGGAGAAACGCCAACGGGGACCCGGUGUGCAACGCUUGCGGCCUCUACUUCAAGCUGCACAAUAUCAACCGACCUCUGACCAUGAAGAAGGAAGGCAUCCAGACCAGGAACAGGAAGAUGUCGAGUAAGUCCAAGAAGAGCAAAAAGUCCCAAGACAGCAUGGACGACUUCUCCAAGAGCCUGAUGGACAAGAGUAGCUCGUUCAGUCCCGCCGCCCUGUCCCGCCACAUGUCCUCCUUCCCCCCCUUUUCGCACUCCAGUCACAUGCUGACCACCCCCACACCCAUGCACCCUUCUUCGAGCCUUCCUUUCGCACCUCACCACCCUUCCAGUAUGGUGACAGCCAUGGGUUAAGGCUUCCUCGCCACCCCCAAACCCUGGGCUUCUUCACAACCGCCAUACCCUUCGGUACCUCUGCUCCAGACUCCUCUUCGGUUUGAUCCAAGCGGGAUCCUUUAUCCCUGGUUCUAUCUUAUUUUUAUAAAAACCCAAGUGUACCUCUGCGAUGUAAAUGUUUUGCGGACUUGAACUGACUGUGGUGCACUGACCUCCAGGGGGACGAUUUAUGUUUUUCCCUCCAAGCCAGGAGAAAAUGGACAUUUCUUCUUGAUCCACCACUGUCGCUGACACCACAUUGAGGCUGAUUUACCCAAUAAGGAGCUCCAUUUAUGUAUAAAAAGCCAUUCCCCCACUUCCACCAAAAGAGACACUGCAAGAACUUUCAGACUCCCUUUCCUUUCAACCCGCAUCUCCUCACCUUGUACCUGUAAAACAGGGAACCCAUCCCUCUCUGCUUCCUUUCUUCCUUGUCUUGUUCGGGUGAAGAUGAGGAGAGACAGAUCAUAUUUGUACAAAUUGUAUGAAAUACAAUACAUUUAAUGAAGACUUUUUAAUUAAGUAAGAAAAAAAGGAAACUUGCCCUUGGGCAGCUUAUGACAAGAAGGGUACGAGUUGUAGCAGGUGGAGAGACUUGCCACUGGAGGAGUGUGUUAAAAGAUGCCUCCGAGUCCUGGAGGAGGGAAAGAAGCAAGAGGGAAAGACUUUUGAGACAGGGCAGGCCUCAGAUUUUGCCUGCAUGAAAUGUGUCGCAUUAAGUUUGCAGAGAGUCGGCGCCUCUGGCCGCCCCGGCCUCUCUCUUAUUUUAUUAGAUUUUUUUCCGUUUUACUUUAUUUUUUGGAUGUGCUAUACGUCUCGGGCUAUUGGUUUGUGUUGAAGCGCGCACGUACACACACACACACACACACACACACACACACACACACACACAGACACACACACACACACACACACAUUGGAUCACCUGAAAGACUUUCUUUCUGCCCACAGAUUAUAUGCAUUGUGAAAAAAAGUUCCUGUAUUUGUUAUUUGUAUGUAUAAAUCAGAGUACCAAAAAUACGAAAGAAACAAAGAUGUUGAAUUAUUUCUUUAUGUUAUGCAGACUGAAUGGUUGUAAAAAAUUAAUAAUAAUCACUAGUGUAAAAUAUGACUGCUUUUUUUGUUUCGUAAUUUUUUUUUUGCUCUUUGAAAAUAAUAAACUAGUUUAAUCUCUGUUGACAUGUUA